ACGGGCGAGAGCGCGAGCGGGCGGGCGAACGGGCGAGAGCGAUCGGUGCCCCGGAUCGUGCCCUAGUCGGCCCAACGUCGAUCAUCGAGGCCAGCACGGGCGAAUUCGCAAAAACGCGCUGCACGAGACGCCCCGCGCGCACGACGGGCCGCGAGCGAGCAGCCAAAGUGCUUCGUGAGCUCUCUCUAGUCGAGAAACCGAUCUGCACGAGGCCGUUCGGGACGUAGAGAGAGAUAGAGAGAGAGAGAGAGAGAGAGAAAGAGAGCGCGAGCGGGCGAGUGAGCGAGUGAGCGAACGACCGUACGAGCGAGCGAGCGAACGGGCAGGCACCUCGUAGCGCUAGAUUCAGGGCACAUGGGAUCAUCCGGGCCCGUCUCGAGAUGAACGGUGAUUUCGGGUACGUUUACAUGAAUGGGGACAUCGGGAAGCUGCCACCAGGGGCGGUCUACCCAGCCACCCCUGAACCUCUGGGUCCACAGGUUGCGGGCGCAAUUGGUGGUGGUGUGCCUAAUAUAGACUACGGAGUCAUGAACGGUGCGCCGAGCGGCAGCGAGCUGAUUCUUGACGCUGGCGUCGGCAGUCUGGAGCCGUCGCCCCAACACGCUAUAAGCAUGCACGGAGGUGCCGUCGGAUACAGUCCAGUGGAUGUCGCCGCGUUGGGCGACGCCUCUGCCGCACCACCGUCUGUACCGAUGACGGAUCUAAAUGUCCUCGGCAUACCGCUGGAGCAGCUUAAACAAAUGCUCUCUUCGCAGCUGGAGUACUAUUUCUCCAGAGAGAAUUUAGCCAACGAUACCUAUUUGUUGUCGCAAAUGGAUAACGAUCAGUAUGUGCCGAUAUGGACAGUAGCGAAUUUUAACCAAGUGAAGAAACUGACGAAGGAUAUUAAACUCAUAACGGAGGUGCUGAGGGAGUCUCCCAAUGUUCAAGUCGACGAGGAGGGGCAGAAAGUGAGGCCCAAUCACAAACGAUGUAUCGUGAUACUUCGUGAGAUACCAGAUAACACUCCGCUGGAGGACGUCAAGAAUUUAUUUUCUGGAGAGGGAUGCCCGAGGUUUAUCUCGUGCGAGUUUGCUCACAAUAGCUCGUGGUACGUGACAUUCGAGUCCGACGAGGAUGCUCAAAAGGCCUACCGGUUUCUACGCGAAGAGGUUCGAGAAUUUCAGGGAAAGCCGAUAAUGGCGAGAAUCAAAGCUAAACCAAUGAACAGGCUACCAAUGCCAACGGUAGCCGGUGUAAGUGGUAUAAAAAACGGCUACAGAACUCCACCCCCUCCUCCUGUUUACGAUCCAAGCAGUUACACGGCCGGACAGCAACGCUUUUCUCUCUAUACCAAUGGCACGACCAUGCCUCAGACAACUAUUCCGGCGUAUGCGAAUCAGGUCGUUUAUCAACCGGCCUUUUAUCCGGCCGGUAUGAUGCCUUGGGGACCAACUAGUCCCGCUUACUUCGAGAUGUCCAACGUCUUUACGAUGAACGGAAUCACGCCGCACAACACGUUCACGCGUUCGAAUACGAGAUACAAUCCUCGGCAUAGAAAUAGACAGAGAAACGGCUCCGAUAGAAGCUGCUUAAUAGACCCGGCCAAUCCCAGCAACAAUAGUAACAACCAUCAUCACCAUCACCACCAUCACCACCACCACCACCAUCAGCCAUCGUCUAUGCCGCCGCUGAGUAAUCGUAGCUCACAUCCUCCUAUGACCGGCGGCGGUGGCGGCGGUGGCAACAGUAACGUGUCACUGGGCUCUUCUACGUCCACCUACCACGCUUCGAGUUUGCCUCCCUCGAAGCCGCCCGCCUCUUCGUCCUCUUCUUCCUACCAGUCCGGCACAAAGUUCCAUUCUUCGUCGUCCGCCGUAUCGUCUGUUGAGCACGUAAAGGGAGCUUCCUCCUCGUUGUCCUCCGCGCAGGACCAGGACACGACGACGGCGGUCGAGCCCUCCUCCACAUCCUCCUCCUCGGCUCCUUCGUUUGCCCGCCACCGUAUCCAUCGCAGGACCAAAGAUCAGGACACGAAGGUAGCGACCGGGAACAACCAUCCGCUGCCGGCGAUUAAAGAAUCCUUGCCGGCGAGCGGGGGCAGCGGCGGCAACAGCAACUGUGGCAGCAGCCGCAGUAGCGGUGUGCAGUUUGACCUUGAGGCAGCCGCUUUCCCACCCCUGCCCGGCCUCGACACCGACCACGGCAAAGCGUCGAGCGACGCGGGCAGCGGUGGCAGCGCCGGCGCUGUCGGCAUAGAGUCUUCAUCGCAGAAUCGAUUGUCCGAUGUCGUCAAGGGUACCGCCAAGCUCAAGGCCGUUGUCAAGGACAAGGAGAGUGGCAACCAGCCGCAACCUCCGUUGCAGCAACAAUCCGCAGCGACUGCGCCAGCGGCGGCCAGCGCCGCCAGUAGAUCUGCUAGUCCUGGAGCGAGUUCCGGAGCAGAGGCGCAGGGAAGCGCUGCCGCAUCGACGAACUCUGCGAACGCCACGCAUAUCCUUAAUCCGCCGACGGCCAACAACGAGAAUACGUCGUCGGCCGACGCUGCCGCGCUCAGCACCGUCGCGCUCACUCCCCCGUCAUCUCCUGAUAAAUCUAUAAAGACUGACGACUCGAACAUGGUGAACGGUGUGGACGACGCUGUAGUUGCGAACACGCACCUGCCGGCACUGGCCACGUCGACGGUGACGACGGCCACGACGACGACAACGGCAACGACGGCGACGUCGGCCGCAGCGACCACGGACGACGCUGAGACGAUGACCAGGUGUGACUGCAACAACGUCGUCGUCGUCGUCCCACCUCCUACUGCCUCUUCACAGAACUCCCAAUCGCAAACUGGAGUGGCCUCUGCCUUCCCUAUAGAUCUUACGAGGCCAAGCUAUGCCCAAGUAGCGCAACAUUGCCGCGAGCUACCUUGUACAAAACACAAAACAGAUGAGAGGGAUAGAAACGUCUAAGAGCUGCACGUGACGACGAUGAAGGAAGACACCUCGAGCGGCGGAAGCAGCUUAGAUAUAACGAAGCAAGAAGCCAAAAUCUACAGAUUACCACGCGUCAACGGGGUAAUUAAACGAUAAUUAGCUGUGCUAUAUGUGCUAUGACGUCAUCGCCAUCUUCUCGGGGUCGGAUCGGAUCGGAUCGAGAAUCAGGAUAUCGGAGCUCGCCGCUGCUUUCACCUACCUAUCUACCCCCUCUCCCCCCCGGUACUCCCUUCUCAGACCGACGCCGUCACGUGCUGCAGGCGUGAGGAAGAGAGAACUUUUUACAUUGUACAGUGACGUCUCGCCUACGAUCAACGAUCGGUCGAUCGACGAAUCGAUCAAGAGAGAGAGAAUGAAUGAGUGAGUGAUAGUGUGCGUGUGAAAAUGUGUAAGACUCGCCGCGCACUAUUAUAGCGGCGCAUUCGCAGGCGCUACUAUUAUACAGGGUGAUCGGAGAGUCCCGCGGGGCAAGUUUUGUCGCCGUGGUUUGAUGAUGUUGAUAGUUUCGCCGAUAUAUUUACCCAUGUAUAAUCGGCACAUUUGUUUUAUUCGCUUUAUUGCAAUUUGCGAAACGCAAUGAUUCGAUUGUAGUUUAUUCGUGAUUGGAGGAUGUUUGAAGGAUUUAAGGUCUUAAAAAAAAAUCUAAAAAUUUGUUAUAGGAUUUAAGAACCUAAUGAUCUAAAUGCACGCGUUAAGCGAACGGAAAGAACGGCCGGCUCGGCAGCGGAGGCCCGGAAACGCGAAGCUGACGGCGCUCGGUUACCGGCUCGCCAAUGAGAAUUAUUAUUAGGCUGGCAGAGAUCGACAAGAAGAGCGACUGGGUAUCAAAAAAUGUAAAGGAGGUGGAAAUCUGAGAUUUCACUCUUGUGUAAAUGUAAUAAAAAUCGAAACUUGCAUCGAAUGAAAUAAUUCGCUCGAUGGAAUUUUGAUUUCUCAAAUGUUAUACGCUCUCGAAAUUACAGAUUUCGUACUUUUUAGAGUUUUUUUCUGUUGCACGAGUCGCUCUUCGAGCUUUUAUUACCGGUCUUUACUCCUAUGAGUUUCAUUAUAGACGAUGUAACAGUUUUGAGUGUACCUAAUAAUGUUUGAUAAGCUUUAGUUUUAAGACUUCGUUAGUAAUUGGUAAGGAUUCUUAAUUAAUAACAAAUAUAUAAAUAUAUAUGUUUAUAUAUUUAUAUAUAUAUAUAUAGAUCUAAAGAAUUUACGAAUCUAAAAAUUACGAGUUACGAGAUAUAAAUGAUUGUCUAAAGUUGUGCUUCGAAUAAACGCGGAAGUGUGUUACGGACGGUAUUUUUUUCUGUUUUCUUUUUUAAGCGGUAUUUCUCGACAGCACCAAGCGUAUGGCUACGCGGCUUCCCGAUCACCCGGUACAUCGCGCAAGAGAAGAGUAUUGUUAUAUAUCGUUUUUUGGUUCUGUGAUUGAGGUACAUAUUUGUUAGCUUGUAAAAAAGAUCGCGUUAAAGAGGUAAGAUUAUAUUACUCUUUUAAAGGGAAAAAACCCCUUCCCCCGCCCCUCCUUCGCGCGUGCAGGGCCGUAAUAAUAUAAUCGGGAAAAAAAAACACGUGUACGUGCGUGUGUGUGUGUGCGUGUGUGUGCGCGAAAGUGUGUGUAUCUAUUAGAUAUAUAAUUAUAUAUAUAUUUGUGCCAAAAAAAGAACAUUGCUUGACGAAAUCUCCCGAAACGUGCAACGAAGUGGACGCCGAAAUCAACAGAGAUUCUCGCCAAGUGGAAAGCGGUGUGGAAUCUCCCCCCCCCCCCAAAAAAAAUUCCGCUCUCUUCCACGUUCCUCAUCUUUUACGCAAAAAAAAGUUGAAAAUAAUAAGAGGAGAACGAAGAGAUUGUAUUUUGUAAAAAGAGGAAGGUGAUGUGUACGAGAUUAUGCGUGAUUUAAGGGCGUUACUGAUGGCGAAUGAUGACGACAAUGAGGAGGAGGUGAGGGAGGAGGACGAUUGAGAAACGUAUGAAUUCGUAUUUUUAUGCGGUUGAAGCGUGCGAGAAGCUUUAUUGCGGAGAAAAUCGGCGGUGAUACCGGAUCUGUAAAGUUAACACAAGGACGAAGAGCUCACAAUUGAGGAAUAAUCGUGGAGGAUGUUGCUAGCGUGUGUCUCGUAACGAAUAGCUUGCGUUUUACAAUGUAAUUACGACACCUGAUACUUGAUUAGCAUCUUAAUUAGUGCUGGCAAUGGUGCGCAACACCGUGUUGCGUAUCGCGAUACGCCAAACGUAAGCGACAGAAAAAGAUCUAUUAAUUUCUCAGAGAAUGCGUAUUAUAAUGUGCUUGAGGGGGGGGUUUCUCUCGAGACACGUAACGAAGCGGGCAUGGAAUUUAGCGCACACGCGCUCCACCUUAACGGAACCGCAUCAGUUUGCGUCAGAUAUUUUUUUUAUGCACACGUAUGCGAAUUUCUCCCGCCUCGAUUGUUCCUCAAUUUGUUCAGAUCCAUUUUAAGCGCGGCGACGUUUAAAGUGGAUUUAAAUUCACUCCCGCUACUCGAAUCCCGCAUUUCAAGUCCUCUAACUCCAGGAUUUUUUGGAUCUCCCCGAGGAUCUGUCUCCGAAGCCUCGUCAUGGAUCCCGUCUCAAGUCCAUCCUUGUUCCAUCACUACCAUCAUCACCAUGGUUUUCGUCUCGCUUUUCUCGCCUAUUUCUGAAUAACGCGAAUCUCUGUAAAAACUUCCUCUGAAAAAUCCAUUUUCCUCAAAAGAUUUUUCGGACCCGCGUGUUGGUUCAAGACAGUGUUCCGUUCUCUUCUCUCAGUUUUACUUUUCACCCCCCCUUUCUCUCCCUCCCCUCUCCCUCUCUCUUUCUCUUGAUCACCGAAUCCGUGCCCAAUUUUCCACCCAUCUCGACGGAUCAAGCGCAAAUCUAAGGCUGUACCAUGGUUCACCGGCAGUUCCUUGGACCACUGCGUUGUUACGUGCGAUGGGUCGAUGUUCCAAUCCUCGCUCUCCGAGCCCUCGUCGCGACUCCACUCCUACAUUUUCUCUAGCUUUUCAAUCCCAUCGUCCAAUUGUGAUUCCGUUUACUCUUCCGUCUUGUUUGCCACAGUUGAUGCUCGCGAGCGAUGCACUGCGAGCGGGCAUCGUUCAUCACGGUGGUCAUCGUCGAUUUCAGGGAUUACCGGGAACGGCCACUUCCGAUUUGCGUGAAACUCGACUAACCGCCCAUUGUACUCUUUGCUGCUACGCGAUCAGAUUUGUUUUUCUUCUUCUGUUAGAGUAUUUCUUGUAUUAAACCCUCUGACCACGAGGUGCACCGAGACGUUUAGGAAUCUUAGAGUCACGUUUUUAUUCGGCCAAGAGAGAAAGGAAGGGAGAGACAGAGUGGGAGAGAAUGAAAAAUAUGCGCGCGAGAGAACAUGCUAAUUCGGAGUAGCUAGUGUUGCGAGAAUCGGGACGACUAAUUGAGCACGCAUUUAAGUGCCUCAAAGUAUGUUGUAUAUUAUUGAUUAUCUAUUACCACUAUUAAUAUUAAUUAGUACUAUUGAUUGCUCUAUUAUAUUAUUAUCAUCAUUAUUUUAUUAUUAUUAUAAGCAGGAGCUUUUGGCUUUAGGUGUUACGAUGAUGCAUAUGUACCUACACACAUAACACACACACACACA